CCAAUAAUUCUUCUCGGAAUCAAAGACUCUCUCUCUCCCCCCUCUCUCUCUCUCUCUCUCUCUCUCGCUUUUGCUUUUACGAGAUCUUUCAAGCGGAAUCUAUACAAGGCAGCGCGAUUAGUUUAAUUGGCGCUGACAUCAUCUGCAUUUUGUUAUCCGAUCGAUAAUUGUUGCGGGUUGCUUUUUCAACACAUUGAUUGAUUGAUCGGUUGAUAUUUGGGUUUUGAUUUGAGGCCCAUUGUUUUCUCUGCAAUAGGUGGAGAGAAAAAUGGUGUCGGCGAAGAGGGAGAUGGUGGUGUAUUGCUUCGACACCCUUCUUGCUCACUACAACAGCCAUGAAGCUCCUCCCCCUUCUUUCCACGAAGACUCUCAACACCCAUUGUUUGUCACCUGGAAAAAAGCGGCGAAUGGUGGAGAGCCUCGUCUACGUGGAUGCAUUGGAACUCUUGAAGCUCGUUCCUUGAUCAAUGGCUUUAGGGACUAUGCACUAACUAGUGCCCUUCGGGACCGUCGGUUUCCCCCAAUACAGGCUAAAGAGUUGCCUUAUUUGGAAUGUACUGUCUCCAUCCUGACUAAUUACGAGGUUGCCCUCCACUACCUUGAUUGGGAGAUUGGGAAGCAUGGUAUGAUUAUUGAGUUCAAUGAUCCCGACUAUAAUACAAGAAGAAGUGCCACGUAUCUGCCUGAGGUGGCUGCCCAUGAAGGCUGGACAAAGACAGAAGCAAUCGACUCGCUGAUACGAAAAGCUGGUUAUAAUGGCUCCAUAACUGAAUCAAUCCGGAAGCGCAUUCAACUGACCCGUUAUCAAAGUACACUAUUUACCAUGCAUUAUGGCGAGUACGUCGCCUAUGUCAAAGCCACCAGGGGAGCUCCUCCAAUUAUCAUGGAGGCCAAGCCUGGUAACCAUUGAUUGUUUUAAUCUUCUUCCUGUGAAACCAUGAAAAACUUGGCUGGUUAUUGGAGGGACCUCCAUUAUAAAUGAUUUGGCUGUCGAUUUCUAUUUCUUCGACAGCAACAAUUAAUCACCAUCGACUGUUAUAAAUUAUUAUUCUUCAAAUUCAUUUGAUUUUGAAGAGGAUCAAAUCACCUGUAAUGUAACUUGAGGUACUUGUUGCACCAGAGUCUACAGCUGCAGCUUGUUGGGAUAUAUAGUUGCAGUUAUGUAAAACAUCGUCAAGCAAUAUAAGCUCAUGUUGUGUC